CUAGACGCUGAGCAAACAAAACGUUCGAAAGCAUAUACAAUUCGGAAUUCAUCAACUUCAUACACAGUGGGAUUUUACAACAAAAAACACAAAAUAUUUCCCUUUCUUUCUAUAGUAAAUUCGGUUCUUUUUGGUAAAUUUGAGAACCCACGUGCUAGCCAAAGCCUGCAGGCCGCGUCGGCUGUAUCGGGUUGUCGGUCACUCAUCAAUCAUCCAUCAUCAAGAAACAAUAUAUUUUAUAUUCCACGACAACUCCGAGAAAGUAAGGAUGCGUUUGGCCCACGAGUGAAAGGUGCAAAUUGAAUUGUCCGCGCGCUGCCCCAAAGAAAAAGCUAACGGGGUAAGGAUUGGCCUAUUGGAUCCCCACCAGUUCGAAGACGCCACCACCGCCUCAACGGAUAGGGGUUCUGUGUUCGUUAUCAUUUUGUUCGUUAUUGUUGCAGUCAAACAUCAAACAGCCCCACUUAUAUCGAGCAAGUUUUCCCAUCAGCACCAGUCCACCACCUUAGUGGGCCUGGGCUCUCCAGCAGCCACACACAGCUACACACACACACAUCCAAACCGGCUGGAAGAAAACACUCGGGGAAAGCACACGCGGAAUCGACGGAUUCAGAUCCGCAAAUGAGCGAGUGAGUCCGUUCCGAAGUGGAGGACAACAGAGGCCAGAGGCAAUACACCACAAAUUAGCAGCAGAAGCGGACGCGGAGUCCAGAGCGUGAGUCCGAUGGCAAACAAAUACAAGACGGAAUCCAACUAUGAACUGGACAAGAACGUAACGGCAAUCUUCGAUGUGCGAAAGACCUUGGGCAAGGGUGCCUAUGGGAUUGUGUGGAAGGCCGUCGACAAGCGGCAAAGGGAUACAGUGGCCCUGAAGAAGAUCUACGAUGCGUUUCGCGACACGACAGAUGCCCAGCGAACGUAUCGGGAGGUGGUCUUCCUGCGGGCCUUUCGCCAUCAUCCGAACAUCAUUCGACUCUUGGGGAUAUACAGGGCCACCAACAAUAUGGACUUCUAUUUGGUGUUCGAGCACAUGGAAAGCGAUCUGCACAUUGUCAUCAAGAAGAGGGACAUCCUCAAGGACAUCCACAGGCAGUUCGUAAUGUACCAGUUGGUCAAUGCCAUAAAGUACGUGCAUUCGGGCAACGUCAUCCACAGAGAUCUGAAGCCCAGCAACAUACUGAUCGACAGCAAGUGCAGACUGAAGGUGGCGGACUUUGGACUGGCGCGCACGCUUCCGGUAAAGCCCAGCGAAGGUGGGACCGGCGACGCCACCGGCCUCCACGACGCCCCUUCUGAGAAUGAUGGCAUGAUGUCCGACUACGUGGCCACGCGCUGGUAUCGUGCCCCCGAGAUACUCGUGGGCUGUCGCAGCAGGUACACUAAGGCCGUCGAUAUGUGGAGUCUGGGCUGCAUCCUGGGCGAGAUGAUAACCGAACAGCCGAUCUUCCAGGGCAGCAGCACCAUCAAUCAGAUGGAGAAAAUAUUGUCUGCCCUGCCGAAUGUGACCCAGCGCGAGAUAGACGAUAUUGGAACCAGAUUCGGGACUUCACUGCUAUGCCGGUCGAUCGUACGCGACUACCAGCAGUCCCUGAGCGCCAUGUGUCGCGGCUGCACAUCCAACGAGAUUGCUUUCACCACCUCGCUGCUGAUGCUCGAUCCGAACGACCGGAUCACGGCCAACAAGGCCCUCAAGCAUCCGUUUGUGAGCUCCUUUCGUUGCCCCUCGGCGGAGAUGGAGAUGCGACUGAAUGUGCAGCCGCCGCUGCGCGACGAUUACCGCUUCGCGCUGGACGACUAUCGUAACAAUCUGUACAGGAUGAUCUCCAAGGAGUUGGGUACCGGACGUCGCAGUACCCAGUCCUGUAGGACCCCGACCACGACCACGGUGCCAAGGGAUUCAGCUGCUCUACGGGAACUGCCCUUCGGGUGCCGAACCAGUGCAUUGAGCAGUAUGCGAAAGCCAUGUGCACUCGCUCCGAACACCCCACGAAAUAACCAGAAUAGGAUCUGUGCGGAGCCCCAGCAGAAGUAUACCAAUGCGUGUUGCAAAGUGCAGCAGCUCUACUCCAACUCCCAAUCGCACCCCCAUUUCCUAGGCCAGGCGAAAGCGCACGCUCAGUCUAUGGAGGAGCUGCCAAGGCGGCCUCAUUACCACAAGCACAGCUCUCAUUUCGGGUUCAAGGGGCACACCCACUCACCGCCGAUCCCUCCGCAGAGGGUAGACGGAGAGCGAGCCCAGCACAAGGGCCAUCGAUCGCAUGUGCCAGCCGCACAACGGGAGUUGCGGGAGCACGAGCGUCCAGUGGUAGUAACGACACCGCGUGUGGUAGCCCAGCCAAAGGUAAAGGAAAGGGUAAAGGAAAGGGUAAGGGAAAGGGAAAGGGUAAGGGAAAAGGAAAAGAUCCUAUCACAAUCACAGGCUCGAGCCUAUGUAGAGACGGAAGCCACAGGCAAGCAUAAGCCGCAAGUCCUCGAGCUGAGUACACAUGACUGGGUCGAGAUGCUGAAUCCAACCACCUUGGCUGGUUCUCAGGAUGCUAGAGAGCCCCGGGGCGAGGCCGGCCACCUAAAGCCGCCCAAGGCAAGAAUUUCCAAGCAGAAGCCUAGAGAGCAGCCGAAGACAGUUCAAACCAGUGUUCAGCACGAGCUCGAGGCCAUAGUCGUCCAGAAGGAACCGCAGGGCAUAGUGGACCAUAACCAAAACCCGAACCCUGACCCGGACCCGGACCCGGACCCGAACCCGAACCCGAACCUAAGCCAGCGGAAAGUGAGGAAGCGGGAGAAGGAACUACUGCAGGCGCUACCGGGCAGGCGCACGGACAACACAACGAACGAGAGGAGCUUUCUUCUCGAGGCAUUGCUGCGGCGGAAACAGCGCGAAACAAAUUCCCAGGAUCCCGAUAUGGAUGCCAAAGUGCAAGCGAAUUUGGAUAAACUCGAGGCCGCGAGGAACAAGAUGCAGAAGAAGAUCCUUAAGUAUGCGGCAGAAACCGGACUGAUGUACAUCAACGAAAAUUCGAAGAAUAACGGCUCAGACCGCUCCACACCGGUAUAUUCUACAGACUCCGAGACCUAUUUUACACCAAAAUCUCGUAAGACGGUGGUAAAGAAGACACUGCUUGAGAAAUAUCAAGGCAACCGGGACGUAAAGCACCACGGAAAUAACAUUACGGAGCUCCACGAAUCCACCUUGUCCCACAAGUUCAAGAAGCAGCAGCAGCAGGAGCAGCAGCACGAUGUCUUCGAUGCAUCGGAAAAAGAUGAGCAGCAGGUGGGCGACGUUCAAGAUUUUUUGGAGGCAAAGUACUGCCUAACCCAGGAGCUCCUUCGCCACGAGAUGGAAAAAGCUAGAUACGAUUCCAUAAUCCCUUCAGGAGUUCGCCAAUCGCCAGACGAUUCAUUCAACACUAGACCUACACCUGGCAAACAGCACACAGUCCUGAAGCCCAUGUAUUUUGAUUCGCGUUCGACUCCGGCACCGGCACCGGCUCCGGCACAGACCCUGCCCCGUCGCAGGAAGCAUAUUACUGGAGAUAACUUCCAGCCCCUGCAUCAGCGACACAUCAGCGAGAUCCAGGCGGCUCGCAUCAAUGACGACUAGAUGAUUUCAUUACCAUUUUUGUGUUUUUAGUUAUAUAUAUUUUCUAUUUAUAAAUGCAAAUUUUUCGAUCGACGACAGUAAUUUAACAACAUUUUCUUGUUGCUUGUGUGAGACUUUCACCGAUUGCAAGAGUUUCUUUCUUUGCCUGGCCCUGCCCCUGGCGCUGGCGCUGCCCCUGGCCGUAUCUCGUAUACAUAUAUUUAUUUAUUGAUGUCUUCUAUCGCUAUUGCAAAUUGAACACAAUAAAGCUCUAU